UGACGGACGACGGUCGGCGGCCAUCUUGAAGCGUAACUGUUGUCAUGUUUACGUUGUGUGAAAGGUGAAAUUAAUGAGUUUUCAUAGAAUAAUCAGGCCAGCUUUGAUGUAAUUCUGUAUUGGAACAAGUAGACAUUCACUAUGUUUUACGCACAUUUUGUGCUGGCCAAGAAAGGGCCGCUAGCCAAAAUUUGGUUGGCAGCCCAUUGGGACAAAAAGCUGACGAAGGCUCAUGUGUUCGAGACGAAUAUCGAGAAAUCCGUAGAUGGUAUUUUGAAACCUAAAGUGAAGAUGGCUUUGAGGACAUCUGGCCAUCUGCUGCUUGGUGUUGUAAGGAUUUACUCGCGGAAGGCCAAGUAUCUGCUGCAGGAUUGUAAUGAAGCUUUCGUUAAGAUCAAGAUGGCCUUCCGGCCUGGCAUGGUGGACUUGCCUGAGGAGCACAGAGAGGCCGCCAUGAACGCCAUCACCCUGCCCGAGGUGUUCCAUGACUUCGACACUGCCAUGCCAGAGUUGAAUGAGGUUGACAUUGAGGCGCAGUUCUCAAUGAACCAGUCCCGCGCGGAAGAGAUCACCAUGCGUGAGGACUAUGGUUCCCUCAACCUGGUCAACCCGGACGAUGGGUUUGGCGAUAUGGGAUUUGAUACGGACAACCCGGAUAUCAUGCGAGAGGCUAUCGGCACUGAGGGAGGUCUGGAACAGAGUAACCUGCUGUUCGCCGACGGGUCGUCGCUGGAGCUGGGCAAGGAGGGCGCGGGCGCGGGGCUGGCGGCGCCGGCGCUGGAGCGGCGGCUCGAGGCGCAGCCGCACGCGCACGCGCCCAUGGACGACGGCUUCGGCGGCACCAUCGGCGACGUGCCCGACUUCGGACAUGCGGGCGGGCUGUUCGAGGGCGAUCUGUUCGGCGACGUGUCGGCGGCGGGCGCGAGCGCCGGCUCGGCCGCGCUGGCCGGACCCUCGGCGCAGCCGCAGUCGCUGCAGGCGGAGAUCGAGGCGGCGGGCGUGAGCGAGGCGCACGCGCCGGCGCCGGAGGCCCCCGACUCGGACGACGACAUGGGCGACCACUACGACGCCGGCAACUCGCCGCAUCACAGCUGGGGUGGGUCUGCGCCCGCGUCGCCGGCGCCGGCCGAGCUCAUGCCGCCGCCCGCUGCUCCGCGCCCGCCCUCCGUGCUGCCCAUGGAGGUGGACUCGGCUCCGCUGGCGGAGCCGGCGCCGGCGGCGGAGGCGGAAGCGGAGGCGGCGCUGGACAACACCACGCUGCUGCAGAACGAGGAGGAGUCCUUCGCUCUCGCGCCCGUCGACGCCACCGUGCUCAAAGGCAUAACAAAAACUAAGCGCAAACGCAAGCUGAUCGUUGACGAAGUCAAAAACAUAUCCGGCGAAGAAAUGAAGAACCAGCUCAGCAACACGUCGGACAUCGUGACCACGCUAGACCUGGCGCCGCCCACGCGCCGCCUCAUGCACUGGAAGGAGACCGGAGGAGUGGAGAAACUCUUCACUCUACCAGCCAGGCCCAUCCCAUCCAGAGUAUUGUUCAAGAAAUACCAGCGCAACAUGACGCUGCGCAACGAGGGCGGCGAGGAGGGCGACGCCAAGUCCCCCGAGCACCCCGAGCCCGGCCGGCGCAUGCGCAAGCGCCGCCACGACGAGUCGAUGCUACCCCCGGACACGCCGGCGCCGGCACCAGACCUAGAACCUCCCACUCCUGUGCCGCAGGAGUACGAACCUUCAGUCGAGCCGGCGCAGGCGGGCUACCAGACCCCGCGCUCCGACGUCGACGAGGCCCCGCAGACCCCAGGUAUGCUGAGCGCGCUGGGCCCGCCGCUGACGCCGGGCACGCUGCUGCAGGGCGGCCUCACGCCGGGCGGCCUCCCUCACGGCAGCCUCACGCCGGGCGGCCUGGCCCACGGCGGCCUCACGCCCACCGGCCUCCAGCACGGCGGCCUCACACCAGGAGGCCUGCAACACGGCGGUAUGACGCCAGCAGGCUUGCAGCACGGCGACGGGCACGACUUCGGCCCCAUGACACCCGCCGGGCUGCACCAUGGAGGAAUGACGCCAAUGGGGCUAGACAGCGGAAUGACGCCAGGCGGCCUCGGCCACGGCGGCCUCACGCCCGCCGGCCUACACCACGGCGGCAUGACACCAGGUGGAUUGGAUCACGGCGGUAUGACACCAGCAGGCCUCCAACACGGCGGCAUGACGCCCGCGGGUCUCCAGCACGGCGGUAUGACGCCGGCCGGCCUCCAGCACGGAGGCAUGACGCCAGCCGGCUUACAACACGGAGGCAUGACGCCCGCGGGGUUGCAGCAUGGUGGCAUGACGCCCGCUGGGUUGCAGCACGGUGGAAUGACGCCGCAAGGUCUAUCGCACGGCGGCAUGCUGGGUCACGGACUGGAGCACGCGCAGCUGCCGAUGAUGCCGCAGCUGGGCGGCGACGUGCCCGCAGCCCUACUAGCGCGAGCCCUGCCCGCGCAGGCGCCGCCCGACCACGAGCUCGGCCACACCGUGCCCAUGGAGCCACUGCCGCUGCACGGGCUGGAGCCCGACUACCAGGGUGGCAUGCAGAUGACCAACUUAGGUUACGAGGACAACAAUGGCCACCAAAGUCCACAGCACGACUACGACUUACCACCCAGUGUUGAAAAUGGCGAGGAGGGCGAACGCGAAGCGGGCGAGACGGACGAGCAGUUCGAGGAGCGCGUGCUGAACCGGCGAGCGGCGCAGCUGUUCGCGGUCAUGCGGCCCAAGCUCGCCGCCGACUUGCAGCUCGCCUUCACCGAGCUCGCGCCCAGACACAACAACAGGAAACAGGUGGCACAGAAAUUCUACAGUUUACUGGUUCUGAAGAAACAUCAGGUAAUAAAGUUAGAACAAGACGAAACAUAUGGACCUAUUACUAUUAUUAAGGGCGUGCAGUUCGAGACGGAGGCGAUCUAAGUGCGAUAAUGUUAUUUAUAUUAGCUAUAAUAAUAUAAAAGAGGAAUAUCUAAAUUAGUAUGUAAAAGAGGGUAUAAAGAGGUAUCAGUUAUAGUGAUGUUUAUUGAAGUUUUCUACUUCACACAGUACUAGAUUGAGCCAAAAAAUAACGAUUGUAAGUUGGCCUUACGAUUUGAGUCCACAGGGCCCCAAAAAUGGAAAAUAUGAAUUGAUGGACCAAGGAGCGCACUGAUCUCAGUAAUAAAGAUGAAUACGAUAUAUCACUACUGUGCAUGUAACACUAAUGUCCCGUGGUCUCUAUUCGUAAGUGAUGACAGUUCUCUUUGAUAGCCACGAGUAGGGAAAUGCCUUAUUUUGUUUUGCUAUAGGUUAAGUCAAAUUAUUGUAAAAAUGUUUAAGAAUGACGUUUUAAAUGCUUUCAAGUCGAAGAUAGUAGAUUGCUAUUGUUAAUGUAUCUUGAAUCCCAAAAUUAUGUAAGCGUGUAUUUUUUGUACUGAUCAUGUUAUUAAAGAGAUAAUUGGUAUACAAGUUUGCAGAGGGCAUGUAUUCUCAAGGAAAUGUAGGAUAUAUAUUGUAGUGUGGGUUUAGAUAUGGGCCUCGGCGGGCCUAACACUGGCGACCUGAAUUGGAACACUCAUUAUUAAUAUUUUUCAUCACACUUGCUCGAAAAAGAUCUCAGGCCUAUAUUGUUCCCACGGGAGUUAUGAAUUCUGAAAAAAAAGAGUUUUUUUAUUAUGUCACUAAUUUAUACGAACCAAGUAGGUAUAAAUGAAUUUUACUUUGAAAAUACUGACGUUUAUGAAUUAUUUUUGUUGUUUAUACUUAAAAAUAUUGUCUUCGGUUACCGUGAUAGUUACUCAUGAAGUCGUGAUUCUCAUGAAAUAAAACUAUGAAAACGGAUUAUAUCGCGUAUAUUGAAUUUAUAAUACAUCCCGACGUUUCGAACCCUUUACAGCGUUCGUGGUCAACGGGUGACACGGGGGUUGAAAUGCCACCGUAUUCAGAAUUAUUUCGCUUAAAAUUUUGUUUUUUCUUCACAAGUGUGAUGAAAAACAUUGUGUGUAACUCCGGGGUAAGAAUAUUGUUACUAGUCUUUAAUUCACUCCAGCCGGCGGCUGUCGUGAAUAUAGAUUCUCGUACAAUAUUUCACUUACCCCCCACGUUUCACAAUGUACUAUUAAGUCAUUGUCAAUAUGGGUACUUCAACAUCUUCAGCAAAAGCCAUUAUCGAUUAGCAAGGAAAUAUUUGUCGUGUUUAGAAUGUGUACAGAAUAAAACAAGGAUGAUGUAUACCGAUCAUUUUUGCCACUCGGAUGUAUGCGAUAUCGGAAUUGUAUAUUAUAUUAUAAUGUUACUACAUAAGUGAUUAGAGAUUACACACGGAAUUUCCUUACUGUUGUGUCAGAUUUAAAUCGGUACAUAGUUAUACAAAAGAUCGGAUUACAUAGAAUGCGCAAAUAAGUUGCGUUUGAGAUGUUUCGUGUCGUGUGUAACAGUAGUGAAAUUACUCCUCAUGUCGAAAUCUGUGUUCAAAUAUCACGAAUGAUGUUGUAUAGUGGGUUUGGAGAGCACAUUACAAUGAUUGUACUAUAACGCUGAUAGACUGGAUUGAUAGUUAACACAUUCAAUGCCGAAAACCCGACUAUCGGGUAUUUUAUUGUUUCGUUCCCAGGCCGGACGACCCGAUAGUCGGGAUCGUUGUACUACAGUUUUAUGUGACUACAUUUUUGUGGCCUGGCGCGGAUCUUGUGUAGUUGGGUGGCAAUAAAUGUGUUAAUACAAAUUUCGAUUAUUAAUAGCGGGAAAGACCCUGCAUCUAGCAGUGAAGCAAGAUUCUCACCCGUUUCCAACCUCCACACUGUAUACCAUCAUCAUGUGAUUCAAGUAAAUGCCUUAUCGUAAUCUUCGCAAUAUCACUGUUAACAUUCUGUUCUUUAUUUAGUCACACAAACGUUUCAAACUUGGAUGUUAAUUUAAAAUUUCUAUUACAUUGUGUCAGGACAGUUGAAUUGGUUAGGCUGGUAUUACACCUGUCCAAUUUAUUGGUCCAAUGUUCAUUGCAUCUCACUCUCUCAUUAAACAAAAUGUGAGACGCAAAUACACAUUGAACCAAGAAAUGGUACAAGUGGAAUACCUCCCUUAGAUACAACAAUACGUCAAUGUGACUAACAAUUAAGCUAAUUAAUAAUGUUUGUUUCUACGACAUGCCGCUGUUUAAUUACCGUUAGGUAUACGUAGACGCUGCUAUAGUAUUUACAUUAUACCAUAUUUUAUGUAACGUUUAUUCAAAUUGUUAGUAUUAGCUUAACCUUUUGGACGCCAAGGACCGAUACGCACCGUAGGUUCAACGCCAAAGACCGAUUAAUCGGUCAUAGACCACAGAGCAACAUAGACCUACAUGCAUAUGCUUAAAGUUCAAUUUCAGUUUUGACACUUCGGUUACGUGGCGUCUGGACGACUGUUUUUGUGUUUGACACGGCGUCGAAAAGGUUAAAGAUUGCACAUUGCGAGUAUAGUGUGAUUGAAGAAAUCAAAGAUAGAUAUAACUCCGUAAUAGAUGGAUACAGUCUAAGGAAAAAACGUGCCUGAAAAUCAAGAAAAUUUGAUUCUCGUUUAGAGGGCGCUACUAAUUUUGGCCUACAGUCGUAUAGAUGGCGUUGACGGUUUCGUUUGUUAUUUAACAAUUUUAACGCAUAUCAGUGAAAGAACAUGGGUCAAAAUCAUCAAAACAAUUAAUGCAAAUAAAAAAAAUCAUUUAUCUAUAUUUAAAUUCAUUUUAUCGUAUUUUUACAAAUCUUCAAUUUUAGUUUUAAAGUGUGUCGACAGAUGGCAGUGAAUUUACUGGGGUUACAAAAUUUACUAUGACAGUACCGCUCUAGUAUAAGUUACUCUAUGAAGAAAUUAAAUUAAGAUCUUUAUCUAGUUAAUUAGUCUUGACCCCGAAAUGUACAAGAAUUUAGAGUGAUAUUGUAUGAACACCAACAACCUUCCAUAAAUAAAUAAAUAUAAGUUUGUGGUUUAUUUGUGGGGCUAGAAUAGUUGUUACAUUUCUUUGAGAACGAUGUUUUUUUAUGUCAUGACAUAGCAAAGUGGAUCCACUCCACAUUUUUUGGAUUGUAUUCAUUUUGGAAACUUUAAAAUUAUGUGUAAAAAUUAUAACGCAUUAUAAAUGCCAGGCACUUUUACCAAAUCUUUCAGUUGACUAAUUAAUAUUUAAGUGGUUACCUCCGCAUUAAGGUAUGCCUUCGCAUCUACGAGAGGUUUCUCUACGGGCGGGGGUACUCACUUAGAUUUAGAUUUUUUUUGUCAUAAAACUUUCUGUAUUUGCAAUAAAUUUGUUAAUAAAA